AUGUGUGACAUCUUGCAAGUGCAGUUAUCAGUACCUACUUUACGCUCCCCCGCCAGGAAGAGAUGGCACUGGGCCUUUAAAAUUCUCUAUACUGCCAGAGCAUUGCUAUCUUCUGCCAAGAAGAUUGUUGCUGAAAACAAGACUGAGCUCUUGAGCAACUUUUCACGCUCUCGAUCUUAUACAGCAGUUGAUAUCGAACCAGAAUGUUUUUCGAACAUCAGCAAGCCGACCUUGGCAAAACUCGUUCGAUUGAGAGACGUGGAAAAGCUUGAUCAGCUUGAUGGGGUAGAAGGAUUGCUUUCUACUCUCAAAGCAAAUCCUGAAAAGGGAAUACUAGGUGAUGGUAAGGACAUUGCUUCCCGACGCAAACAUUUUGGGACCAAUACAUUUAAGAAGCCACCAAUAAAUCUAUUGCAAAUGCUGUUGAAGAGCCUCAAAGAUCCCAACACCAUCAUUGUACUACUCUAUGCUGUUCUAUCCCUUGGUUUUGGCGUCAAAAAGCAGGGGCUGAAAGGAUGCUUUGAUGGGGGAAGCAUAUUAGUUGCCUUGUUUCUUGUCAUCAGUCUCUCAGCUUCUUGUAACUAUUGGCAUAAACGGCAACUUUAUGAACUUUGGAGGCCUAUUGAAGCUGUCCCAAUUCUUGUGAUUAGAAACGGGAAGGACACGGGUAUCUCAUUAUCUGCUGCAGUUGUCGGAGAUGUCAUUCGCUUGAGAGCUGGAGAUCGGGUGCCUGCUGAUGGGCUCUACAUAGAUCAAAAUUCCCUGCAAAUUGAUGAAUCAACCAUAACAAGGAAAAAUGACCAUGUGGAGGUCAACAAUAGAAGCAACCUGUUCUUGCUAUCCGGUAGCAAAGUCUUGAGGGGUAAUGGUCGAAUGCUUGUCACAGCAGUAGGCAUGAAUACAGCAUUGGCAGAAAUCAUAACUCCAACUUGCUUCAAUCAUGAUCAUAAAUCACCUUUGCAAAAGAAAUUGCACAAAUUGACUUCACAUAUAGCAAAGGUUGGUCUGGCAUUCAGUUCAUUUGUUCUCAUAGUGCUGUUGGUCCGCUAUUUCUCAGGGAAUAUGCAAAACAAUGGCAGAAAGUUGUUCAUCGGAGGUAAGACGAGCAUACAAGAUGUAUGGAAAGCCGUUAUUGGAAUUCUAGCAACUCCAGUUGCAAUUUCAUCGGGAGCCAUUCCAGAAGGUUUGACACUAGCUUGUGCGUUAACUAUAGCUUACUCAACCAAGAAGAUGAUCGCUGAUCAGGCACUUGUCAGAAGUCUUUCAGCUUGUGAAGCAAUGGCCUCCGCAACAGUGAUUUGUACGAAUAAGGAAGGCGUACUGACUGAAAGUUCUCUGCAGGUCAGCCAAUUUUGGCUAGGCCAAAAAUAUAUUGGAAGAGGUACUUUCUCCUCAUUCGCACCAGAAAUUCUUGAUCUGCUUCAUGAGGGAAUGGCUCUGAACAAUACCAAGAGCCAACCAGGAACUUCAUUUGAACACAUUGAGGAGCAAAUUCAAAAUGCAAUUUUGGCCUGGGGCAUCAAAAGCAUGAAGAUGGAUGUAGAACAACUGAAAAACAGCCGUACAGUUGUCUACGGCGAAAGCUUCUACUCAGAAUACCAAGGGCAUGUUUUGAUCAGGAGGAAUGCUGACAGCAGAGUCCAUAUGCACCACAAAGGAACUCCAGAGGCAUGA